AUGGCGGCUGUUUCAAACGAAGCAGAAAAGGCUCAACGCAUUUAUGCACGUCUGUUGAAUGCACCCUGUCCCUUACUGAAAGAUGUGUUCACUUACAAUUCUGAAGACAUGCUGCAUCUACUCUGCACUCCAUCCCAGCUUCGCACCGAAAUACUCACCUGGAUCUGCUGCAGUAUUGACCCAAACAUUACCAGAUUGAAAGAGGCGGCAUCAAGAAAGAGUGACCCAGAUAUAUUGACAAAGGGGAUGGCUGCUCUAGGCCAGGACCUGAUGCUGUGCAAAGUAGACAACCUGGACUUGAUCAAGGGUGAUGAGAGUUGCCGCCAGCAGCUUCAGUUCCUAGAGCAUCUUCUAGAUGUGGUCUCGGAAUGCAGUUUGUCCACUGAGCUGACUGGGGGGAUCCUAUACGAUACACUCUUUGAUGCCAAGAUUGCUCUCCAUCUUGAACAAAGUCUCACCCCUUUAAUGGAUUCCAGUCUUUCAAACAACACGAUUUUAUGCAAGGGUGCAGAGUCCAAAUUCAAAAAGCCAAGAGGAGACGAUGCUGAGACUGUAGCCAGCCUUGUUUUGUCUACUCGCUCCAUGUUGGAACAUCUACAGUCUGAGUGCGAGUUCCUGACAACAAAUGAGGUGCCAAGUUCUCCGGUCUUCACUCCCUGCGCGCUGCAUGAUGCGCUACGUGACCUCCAGCAGCUGAUGACCGCUUUCUCUCACAUGUAUGAAAAAGACCUGAGACUUAGCUGUGCGAGAGAGCCACCUAGUUUUAGCGCCGACGCCCAAGUCUUCCAGAGAGUAUACGAACUUCUACGAUCUUGCAGCAUGGAGCUGGAAAUACUAAAUGGAGUAUCAGAUGCAUCAUUGUCUGUGAUGGAGGAUGUGCGUCAGCUGCAAACAAAGCGUUUUAGAAGAGAAAUAGACGCUUUAUCUCAUCAACUGGAUAAAUUAACCAGACGCUACAAAGACUAUGAAUCCUGCCUUCAUUCCUCAGGGCAGUCCUCCAUGCACCAGUAA